UGUCAGUUGCGUCGGAGUGCCGCUGCGGGUGGAGCUUGUGCAAUGAGCGCUGCGCGGAGCUGCUGCACGUUGGUGGAUCUCCAGCAGGAGGGAGACAGCCCGGACAGUGUGAAAAUACUAAGAUUAACCCUACAGAAUGACCUUCCUGGGGCCAGGCGCGAUCCAGUGAAGCAGAAGCCGGUGGGAAGGGCCUUCGCGAUGGUGGCCAACCAGCCCACCAGCAGCCACGCGCUGACGUCGGAGUGCAUCAAGUCCAAAGACGGCGAUGAGGAGAUCAUCAAGGUGUACCUCAGAGCCCGGGCUGAAGACAGGGCCAAGCAUGGAAAGAGCUUCCACCAACAGAAAAAUGACAACUGUCAUCUACAAGAGGUUAAGCUGGAGAAAACGAAUGGGAUCCAGCCUCACAGAACUUUCACGUAUCGCAGCUUGUCCACAAGCGAGGAGGAUCUUGACUGCCCCGGGAAAGACAUCUCCAUCAUGCGCGAAACGGCCAAGAGGCUCUUCUCCAAACUUCAGGAAGCGGAGAAGCGGCAUCAGUCAGACAGAGCCGCUUACGAGACGUCCAUUUCCCAUUACCGGAGGGAAGCGGAACAGUCUGGCGUGGCCCUCCAGAAAGCGGAACAGGACCUGGAAGAAAAGGACCUGAAGCUGGAAGAACUGCAGAGGCUCCUCACAGGGAUGGAGAAGGAGCACCAGGCUCUGUUGCAGAAGAUGGAGGAUGGCGAGUCCGAGCUUGAGCAGCUGCGGAGCCUGAACAGGGACAAACUGGCCGAGCAGGAAAGGUCAGCCAAGCUGGAGAAGGAAGUUGCCACCCUGCGGGAGAAGAUCCACCACCUCGAUGACAUGCUGAAGAGCCAGCAGCGCAAAGUCCGGCAGAUGAUCGAACAGCUUCAGAAUUCCAAAACUGUGAUUCAGUCCAAAGAUGCGUUGAUUCAGGAACUCAAAGAGCGAGUGAUGUACCUGGAGGCUGAGAACCUGGAAAUGCAUGAUCGCAUCGAGCACCUUAUCGAAAAGCAGACCAAUCCCGGGGCCUGCAGCACCAGACCUCGCUCCAAAUCAGAGUAUGUAAGCAGCAAAAGGCUUACCAAGUCUCCGGGCCCCAAACCUUGGCCUCUGAUCAGAGUAGUGGAGACAUGAACCGGGACGUGGCCUCUUCCCUGGUCCCACCCCCAGGAGGACCCUGCCACGAACUCGCUGGAUUGUAGGCUGCAGCCGGCCACCUAGCUCUGCUGCUCUUCUAUCUCCUCGCCCCCCCGAGGCAUCCGUUCCCCACCGUGCAUGCCAGCCGCUGGAGCAGCGCCAGCCGCGGGGCUUGCUCAGACCUGGAAGAGGUGGAAUUCUUCCUGGACCUUCCUGGGAAGUACGGACAGCGACGCUUUCCUUCUGCAGAAGGCUGGAAGGACGACGCUCGCUCUUCAUAUCUAUGAGUUCGAUGUGGCUGGUUACUUUGGAAGGAGUGCCUUUUAAAUCCACCCCCUCCCCAAAUAUGUGUCUACUUGCUGUGUACAGUGCUGGCAUUCCUGUCCUCCCCCUCCCCAUUUUCAUGGCGGUGUGUACACAGCCCGAACUCCAAGAACCCUUAAGAUUGUUGACCACCAGUACCAGCUUAAAGGCCCAGAAGGUUUGAGAAAAGAGGGGAAGGCCCCUGCCUUUCCUGUCCCAUCUCUUGCCCAGCUGGAAAAAUAUUUCCUCUCAUCAAAACAAGUGUUUCUUUUGCUCUGGUCACAUCACACUAUCCAGGAAUGUAGGCGCUUGGUGCAUAUAUGGUCAUUUAGCAGUGUGUGCGUACAUGCAUGUGCGAUAGAUGCUGAAUUGUGUUUUGAAAGGGCUUCAUUUCUACUAGAAGAGGGCUUGAGUCUUGUGUGCUCCUUUUUUAAAACCCAGCAUCUUCACAUUUGUUGUUUAAAUGCCGCCGAGUCCUCUCCAGCUUACAGUGCCCCCCGGGAAGGGAGUCUCCUCCAGCCAAAACGUCCAGUCCUUGAUCGCCCUGCUCGGCUCCUGCAAAUGCAGUCCUGCAGCUUCCUUUAUUUACUUGUACUCUUCACUCUGCACGGGCGGCUGCUUCAUCUGUCAGGGUAUCCUGGAUAAGCAAACCUGCCUUGGAGGCUGUUUAGCAGCGCUUUCGGCUGGGUCUGACGGAAAUCCACCGGCUUUGGUUUCUCACCCGCGGUUGCUCCACAGGGUGGCCUCCCAGAAAUUGGCCAGGCGUGAUUCCAAGGACAUAACAAGUGUGCUGUUGAAGAGCAAAGAUCCAUCCAGUCUUGCCCGGCCUGCUGUGUCGGGGUGUUGCUUUCGGUCCUCUCCAGGAUCUUCCCUUCCAGCUUAACUUCACUUUGGCAUGUACACCUCAAGUCUCUCCACGAGAGAGAUGUUUCCAGUUCAGGUGCAGGUGAACUAAUGUGUCGGCAAAAUUAAUAUGUUCACCUGUUUCUUACCCCCAGGAUAAAUGGGGUUGGGGAGUCAUCUCAGCAGCAGCAUUUCAACUGGGCAAAUGGAAAAGAAUAAACGUGCCGACACGCAUGAGAGCAGAGCAGGGCCACCUACAUUUUCCUGGUAGCAAAAGCCUGAUGCAGACUGGUUUGGGAGACCUUGCUUCAAAUCUGUGUGUCGUCUUGCCACGCUAGAAGGACGUUUGGUUGGUUUUAGGUGUGUGGAUUCAGGCUGCAUCUUAGCCUUACUGAAGCCGGGGCCUUAUAGUGUUGAGUCUGUAGUUCCCACCGCUCUGUUGGCUGGCUGUGUGGCAUCGUAGACCGUGAUAUUUGCGGGUGCGCGGCUGCCGUAUCCCUGCACAUGCUUGCUUGGGUGUGAGUCCUCUUGACUGCAGUGGGGCUUGCCUGCUUCUGUGUAAAGGGACUUGCUCUGAUCAGAAGCACUUUUGGAAUCUCAGAUGCAGCUGCCCCAGCUUCCCUUUGGCCAUUGAGAAGAUGGGCUGCCUCGAACCACACGGGGACUCCUCUUGCAUGUGCAUUUGUUUAAUCUUUUAUUGGAAAAUCAUUAAACAUGAUUAAAAAAAAAAAAAAAAAAGAAUCUGUCACCCAGUUAAGCAGGGCUGCAUUUUUACUUGGUCAAAAGGUUUCUGACGGAUCUGAUGAUGAGCAGCUCUCACAGCUGCGAACAUUUGCAAACAUUGGCUGAACGGCUUCACAUUAGCCCAUGUGUGUUGACAAGCAAGCCGCUCCACUCUUUGCGUGCCACUGACAGCUGUGAUGCCUUCUGGAGUAGGAUCUCUCUUCGGGGAGGAGGAGGACAAGCCUGUGUUAAGGAGGCUGCCUCAUGUAUCUGGAGCAAACGGGGAGGCGAGGAAUUCCCUGGAAAUGCACAAGGCCACCGUUUACAUAUUUAUCCGUGGCUGCAUUCCCUUGGGAAUGGAAGCGGACGGAAGAGUGCACUGUUUUGCGUUCUGAUCCUGAGCUGGGGCAUGAGCUCUGCUAAACUUCGUGUGGCUUCUUUGUGAGUAAAUCCACCUGAGGUUGAAGUGGUGUCGAUUCCUGCCUACCAUGCAAUACCCGAAGCACUAAAACAGCAUAUGAUAAAAUAUCAUGUAAUCUAUUGUGAGUUCUAGUUGGAAUCCUAUGCAGACAUGCUUGGAAGUAACCGCCACUGAAUGCAGAAGAUGCUUAACUUAGGAACGGACAACUUGUAGUCCAAAAUGCUACACCAGUGUCAGCUUUUCUAACAGGUUUAUCUCAAAAAAUGGGUUUAGCUGUUGAGUUGUUCUUUUUUGUCAAUGUAUAUAACUAGCACUUACACUGUCAAGUUAUGAUCUUGCUUUUAUGAACUGCUGCAAACUGCCCUGAUUGCUUUGGCUAUUCAGCAGCAUAGCAACAAAACAAAUGAAAUCUAAAGGGCCACAGUUCCCAUGAUCCUUCACCACUGACAACACAUGGGAGAGCUGAUGGGAAUUGUAGGCCAACAACGCCUGGAGGGUGUUGAGAGUUGCCCACCACCUUCAUUAGCAGGCUAUCUCAGCCACAGGUUGUAUGUGCAGAUCUCUUGGGCAAGAUGCUAGGAGGAAAAACAGAUUGGGCUCGGUGUUGGUGGGAACAGCCGCAGCAAAAAGUUGCCAGGGUUAAAAGCAAAUUCUGGAUGUUUGUGUUCUUUCCCCCGUCUCCUGAUUUUUUGCAUCACCCGGCCUGGUGUGGAAUUCUGGAGAAGUGAAAAGCUUGUGAAUUUUUGUGAGAUUCUGUUUGGUUUUAAUAAAAGUGCUAUAGUCCAA